CGUCAAAACAGAACCGUCCGUCAUCGCGAGCAAAAGAGAAACCGCAGCCGCGAGUGGCUGACGAUCGAAAAAGUGAGACACAAAAAUGGCCGAGGAAAACCAAAACAUCAUCUGCGCUCCGGCGGAUAGUGCCAUCAAAAUCCACAAAUGGAAGGUCCGCGAGGGCUACCCCGUGACCAGCGGUAACAUUAUCCUGUUUUACGAGCUGCCCGGUGGCCCGGAAAAGGACGUGAAGCGCCUGAAAGCAACCAAAGCGGGCGUCGUAAAAAAGCGCCUCGCCAAGGAAGGCGAAAUUGUUGAUAAAGGGAAACCUUUACUGGCGCUGGACCAAUGCAGUCACACCACGGUUAUCAAGGAUAUGUGCGCUGAUUGCGGUGCGGAUUUGCGUCAAGAUGAUCAGGCAGGCGGAUCGGAAGCUUCCGUUCCCAUGAUCCACUCAGUGCCGGAGCUGAAAGUAACGGAAACGCUGGCGAAGAAGUUGGGCCAAGCCGAUACGGAACGAUUGCUGAAGGACAAGAAGCUGGUGCUGUUGGUCGAUUUGGAUCAAACGUUAAUUCACACCACCAACGAUAAUGUUCCCAACAAUUUAAAGGACGUGUACCACUUUCAACUGUAUGGCCCCAACUCCCCGUGGUACCACACGAGACUUCGCCCCGGAGCAUUGGAGUUCCUUACCAAGAUGCAUCCCUACUAUGAGCUACACAUUUGUACGUUCGGGGCACGCAACUAUGCCCACAUGAUUGCCCAGUUUCUGGAUCCGGAUGGGAAGCUUUUCUCGCACCGUAUCCUUUCGCGGGACGAAUGCUUCAACGCCACUAGCAAGACGGACAAUUUGAGGGCGCUUUUCCCGUGUGGCGAUUCAAUGGUUUGCAUUAUCGAUGAUCGCGAGGACGUUUGGAAUAUGGCAGCCAACUUGAUUCAGGUGAAGCCUUAUCACUUCUUCCAACACACCGGUGAUAUCAAUGCGCCUCCGGGGAUGUCCAAACACGAACUGGACGGGAAGGGGGUUGAUUUUAAAGAUCUCAUCGGUCAGUUUUCCAAGGACAAGAAAGAUAAAGGUAAAAAUAACAGUCGACCACCGACGCCAAAGAUUGAAACCGACGAGAUAAAAUCGGAGGAAGUUACUACUGAAGGUGGCAAAGCUGCAACCCCCGCGGAAGAAGCAACAAAGGAAGAAAAUACUUCUUCGGAGCCAGUGGAGAAAAGUGAAGAAAAUAAGUCUGAUAAAAAAGAACAAUCAGAGAAACAAUCAGCUGAAAAAGAAUCCUCAGCUGAUGAUUCGAACAAGAAAGAUAAAAGUGACAAAGAUGAAGAAGAAAAUCUAAUAGAAAUUGAGGACCCGGACGAUUAUCUGCUUUACCUAGAGCAUAUACUAAUGAAAAUUCAUGAGACGUUCUAUGAAGAGUAUGAAAAAACGAAGCAGAUAUCCGACUUGAAGCGGCUAAUCCCCCAGGUAAAAUCCCAAGUACUGGUCGGCUUCAAUCUCGUGUUCUCCGGUCUGGUGCCGAACAGUAUGAAGCUGGUGGAAAGCAAAGCGUACCAGGUGGCGCGCAGUUUAGGCGCCAAAGUGACGCAAGAUUUUACGCCCGAAACGACGCAUUUGGUGGCGGUGACGUUCGGCACAUCCAAGGUGCACAACGCCCGCAAGAAUCCGAAAAUCAAAAUGGUAACCCCGGAGUGGCUGUGGGCCUGUGCCGAGCGAUGGGAGCACGUCGAGGAGCGGCUGUAUCCGCUGAAGCAAUCGAAACCAUCCAAGAUGAGACAACCGCCGCCGCACUGUCACAGUCCCGAACACGCUGUCAACUACGGAGAAAACAAGAACGCUGGCGGUCCUUCGAAGCAGCGUGGCGAAACGCAGCAGGAACCGCCCAAGUUCAUUGACACAUUGAAUCCACUGUUGAGCUUCUCCAACGACGACCUGGACGCCAUGAACAAUGAUUUCGACGAGUUCUUCGAAUCGGACGACAGCAGCAGUGACGAGGAACCGGUCGACAUUGAAAACCCUCCGAUGAACAAAACGUUGCGAAAGCGGAAACGCAAGGAAGAAAAGGAGAACCGUCGCAACAUCUUCCAAAAAGACGACGAAGAUGAAUCCAGUAGGACUCUCAUCAAGUAUGACGAAACGGAAGAUAACGACAACAGCCAGACCAACCUCAGCUCGGAUGAUGACGAAAGUCCUAGCAGCAAGUUCCGAAGAGGAUGUGGUCUGCCCUCGGAUUUGGACAUGGGUUCCAACAGUGCGGGCAGCGACGACCCAGUGGAUGAUGUGGACGACGGCGACUGGAACAUGAUGGGGGCAGCCCUCGAGAGAGAAUUUCUCGGUUUAGACGAGUAGGAUAUGUUCUCGCGUCGCAACGGCGGUAAGUAGAUUUUGCUAGUACAAAAAGGAACAGUGACCUCACGUGUGCUCGGUUUAUCGAUCUGUUUUCCUCCAGCCCCUAAGGCUUUCUUGUUAUGUUGCAUGUACAUAUAGAAUAACCCAGUUUCUAGUGUUUAAGAUAACUCUAAGCUGUAUUCCCCCAAAUGUACACUGGUAGUUAAAACAAAAUGUUCAA